AUGAAUACUAUCGGAGGAUGGUCACUUAUUUCAUCUUCACUUCAUUAUCAUCAAACAUUAUUACUUCGACAUUUACAUUUGAUCGAUAUUAAACCAAAUGAAUUUGAUAAAUUAUUAUGUAACCAUUUCAUAAGACAGUUACAUACUUUAUUAGUUGAUGUGACACCUUCGAAUCCAUUGAACAGUCUCAAAGUUGAAGGAUUUUAUCUAGUUAAGGUAUGUUCACAAAUGCCACUUUUAAGAAUCUGUCGACUUUCAUUUGAUUAUGACAAUAAUAAUGUUAAUGAAAUAGAAAUUUAUUCAUUAAAAUCUCAUAUGAUUUUAUCAAGUUUAUUAAAUACAAAUCAACUGCGUAAUUUGUCUGUUGGUAUACAUUCAUCAUACUUUCUCGAACAUUUACUGUUAUGUAUACCGUUAAUUGGGAAACUUUCAUUUAGUAUAAAAGAUCAAGAUAUCAAUGAGAAUGACUUACAUGAUAAAAUUAUAUUACCUACAACUAUUGAUGCUCAUCAUCUUGAAUAUUUAUCUUCUCUGCAUAUAAAUUGUUUGAAUAACAUUAGUUUUCAUCGAAUAGUUUCACUUUUAUCGUCUAUAUUUAAUCAACUUAGUCAUUUAUCAUUGAAAUUCGAAGCAAAUACACUAGUAUGUGGUUCAAUGAUAAUAUCAGGUGAUAUUAUUCAAAAAUUAAUUAUUGAUCGUCUUCAACGAAUGGCAAUUUAUAAUCUUAAUCUAUUAUUAUAUGUUAGAAAUGAUUUAGAAGAAAAAAUUAUUUUUAAUUCAUUUCGUCGAAUGGAAUUUAUUCCACGAGAAAAACCAAAAGUUGUUAUACGAGAAUGUUAUGAUCCCAAUCAUGGUACUGAUGAUCAUUGUUUUAUUGUAUUUACUCUUCCAUAUAAUGGUACAACUCUUUUAUCACAUAUGUUUUCAAAUGAUUUUGAAAAUGAUGCAACAAAUUUGUUUCCGCAUGCUAAUAUUUUAUCUCUAUAUGGUUAUAAGAAGACAAAUUCUAUUCGAGAUCUUGUCAAAUCUGAAUCUUCACUGUCAUCAUUUAUUCCAUGGCCAUUAAUACCAAAAAUUGAAAUAAAUAACAGUGAUGUUAUCACUCAAUAUAUAUUAAAGUCCUUAUUAGAAAAAGCCUAUAAUGUAGAUACAUUAAAAAUAUUUGAUCAUAGAGGAAUUAUAACGCGAACAAUCCUGUACAACAAAGAAAAUUAUGGAUCUCGUAUUAAUCAACAAAUUAAAUCAUUGAAGAUUAACAGUGAAACAUGGGCAUUACACAACGUUGACCAUUUUUGUACAUUAUUGUCGAAUCAAUUUUGUAAUUUAAGGAUAUUUUCAUUUACUAUUUAUGAUUCAUAUCAUGUGUGGGAAUGGAAACCAUCUCGAAUGAAAGAUGGAAAAAAGAAAUCAACAAAAUGUAUUGUUAAUCUUAUUUAUUUACUUGUUGAUCAUUUACAACAGCUUGUUUACCUUGAAAUAUUCUUUUGUGAUAUGUUUCAGCAUGAUACGCCUUAUUUUCCACAUUUAGUUCGACAAGAGCUACAUCAAUAUCCACUCAGUCGACUUUGUCGUCUACAAUGUUUUUCUACAAAUAUUCAGAUUUGGCUUUGA